GAGGGUUUAGAUUGCUGCUGGUGGCGGUGGGGACAGCCCAGCAGGAGGUAGUGGCCUUUCUGGAAGAGAAGGGGAGCACGGCUAUGAACCACAUCAGCAGGAUAAAGAUCCACUUAGAGCACAAGCGAGCCUUCAUUGAGAACAAGCUCAAACUGGAGAAGAUGCCCGCUCACAGCACCAAGUGCCUCUUCUUAAAAGUAGGGAGUGCUGUGAAUUCAGAGAAGAGGUCCGGGGUGGAUGCUCUUCCCAGCGUUUACAUCGGGCUGAAGGACAAACUGUCUCGAAUCAGAUGCCAAGUGAUGUCUGACAAGAAUUUGUACUUUAGCCACUACUAUUUUGAGGUUGAGAUAUCUGGGGCUGAUGUUUACCCUGGCAUGAUGUACAGAAGCAUUGACCAGACAGGUUCAGAAAGCAACAGCUGCACCUCGGGAAACAACUUCUCCUGGAGCAUCGUGUCGAAUGGGAAAGGGUUUUCUGCAUGGCACAGUGAUGUGGAGAUGCCCCUCAAUAUGGAUGUGUUUGGUAGGGUAGGCGUCUACCCAAACUACCCCAGUAGGACCUUGUCCUUUUACGGGGUCACCUAUGAUGAUGUGACCUUGAUGCACCAGUUUGAGUAUGAUUUUGUUGAGUCCCUCUACCCUGACUUUCGGCUUUUAAAGAAAGAAAACUGUCAGGAUAAUAUGGCUGGGGGAAGAUGCUGA